UUCAUAUCAAAAUCUUCACAAUUCAAUUUCCAGUACGUUGAAACCGGCCUUAAUCCCUCUAAACGAACACAUAUUGUUUUAUGGUGGCGGACUAGUUCGUCCACGAAAGUCCUCCAACAAACUCACCCACAAGGACUCACCACCAAAAACCCAUUCAAACCUUAACUUGGAAACUUGUCCUUAGCACCCUCGCUCAAAUCAGCAAAAUGACGACUGCGGAGAAAAUUAAAGAGAUCGAAGAUGAGAUGGCCAAAACCCAGAAGAACAAGGCCACGGAGAAGCAUCUGGGUAUUCUCAAGGCCAAAUUGGCCAAACUGAAACGAGAACUCAUCAAUCCUCCUGGUGGAGGCGGCGGCGGUCCUGGCAUCGGUUUUGAUGUUUCGCGUACAGGUGUUGGUACCGUUGGUUUCAUUGGUUUUCCUUCCGUUGGAAAGAGUACGCUUAUGAGUGAGCUUACUGGAACGGUUAGUGAGGCAGCCGCAUAUGAGUUUACGACCUUAACCACUGUUCCCGGUGUAAUGCAUCAUAACGGUGCCAAGAUCCAGAUUCUGGAUCUUCCCGGUAUUAUUGAGGGUGCUAAAGACGGUCGCGGUCGUGGUAAGCAGGUCAUUACUGUCGCUCGUACAUGUAACCUCAUUUUCAUUGUGCUGGACGUCAUGAAACCUAUGUCUCACAAACGUAUCAUCGAACAGGAACUCGAAGGUUUUGGUAUCCGGUUAAACAAGGAGCCUCCCAAUAUCGUUUUCAAGAAAAAGGAUCGUGGCGGUAUCAAUAUUACCAAUACUGUGCCCUUGACUCGUAUUGAUCAUGAUUCCAUCAAAGCUGUUUGCAACGAAUACCGCAUCAACUCCGCCGAUAUCGCCAUUCGUUGCGACGCUACAAUUGACGAUUUGAUUGACAUUCUCGAGGGCAACCGCGUUUAUAUCCCCGCUCUUUAUGUGCUUAACAAAAUUGAUGCCAUUACAUUAGAGGAAUUGGAGCUGAUUAACCGUAUUCCCAACGCCGUACCCAUUUGCGGAAGCAAGGGUUGGAAUAUUGAUGAAUUGAAAGAAAAGAUGUGGGAAUACCUGAACUUGACUCGAGUUUAUACUCGGCCUAAGGGUCUUGAACCAGACUACUCGGAGCCUGUCAUUCUUCGUUCGGGCCAUUGUUCGGUGGAGGAUUUCUGUAACAACAUUCACUCGAGUAUUAAGUCCCAAUUCAAGCAUGCCUAUGUUUGGGGAAGAAGCGUCCCAUACCCCGGUAUGCGUGUUGGUUUGAACCAUGUUCUAAUGGACGAGGACGUUGUUUGCAUUGUUAAGAAGUAAGUGCUAGACUUCUAAUUCUUUGCAUAUUACGUGGUUUGCGCUCUGGGUCUUUUAUGGCAGACCACUUAAAAAGUUUUUUGGUUUCUUGAGGUUAAUAUGGUUCAUAAACAACACGGCUGCACGUAUAAAGUAGAGCUUAUCAUCAGGUGAAAGCGGUUUGAGCGAAUCGACCAUGAGUUUCGUCCAUUUAAAAACGUUGUGGAAUGGGAAUAACGUUUUAGUGAAUGAGAGGAAACUUUUUUCUCUAGAAAUGUUUUGAAGUUUACCUUUGCGGGUGAUCACUCGAAAUGAGAUUAACAUCCUUUGUAAUAAGGUUCAUUGUGGAUAUCUCAGAAACACUUCGUAUGGACUGAACCCGGCAAACCGAGGCGCGUUCGUGAAUCUUAAAUUCCCAUUUUGUUAAAUAAUCAAGUAAACUACUACUUUAUACAUUUAGUUAUCCUAUAUGUGAGUUUAAUUUCGUGUAUCACUUGCCGUACGUUCAUGGCAACAACUAUGAGUUUAAACGUUCAUUAA